UAUAAAUCGUAUAAUACAUACAAUCUAUAUAACCGGUAAGGAAUAAUAAAGUGUCCGCCAUAUUGAAAUAACUGUCAGUUGUCAGCGCGAGGCCUUACCGCGCAUGUGUGAUUGACUGUGUGACAAUAGUUUUUUAAACUAAAUCAUGAAACUCCUCGCCAUAUUACUGCUGACGGUAGCAGCAGUGUCUGCGGCUCCCAGGAGCGCGACCAGGGUGCAACCCGUCACUGCACACAUCACCUCUCUCACCGACAAGGAUGCUAGGAGCAAGGCUCGUGUACAUCCAGCCUUCGCUAACGCUGGUCGCGUAGCAGGCGUAGAAGUGUGGAGAAUCCAAGAUUUCGAUCCAGUUGCAGUUUCUGCGGCUGAUUUCGGCAAGUUUUACAAAGGAGACUCUUACAUAGUAUUGAAGACCACAGCUGACAAGCGCAACAACUUAUCCUGGAACAUUUACUACUGGAUCGGCAGUGAAUCCACACAGGACGAGUCUGGUGCUGCCGCCAUUUUGACUGUAGGCCUUGACGAUAAGUUCAACGGGGCUGCUAUUCAACACAGAGAAGUUUUGGGACAGGAGAGCCAAGACUUCAAAGCAUUAUUCCCUUCGGGCUUGCAAUACUUGAGUGGUGGCCACGCAUCAGGCUUCAACCAUGUUGUCACAAACGCUGGAGCUGAGAAGAGACUCAUCCAAGUUAAGGGCAAGAGAAACAUUCGCACACGACAGGUAGACCCUCUGAUCUCGUCAAUGAACAAAGGCGACUGCUUCAUCCUGGACAUUGGCAACGAAGUAUACGUCUACGUGGGAGAAGGCACCAGGAACAUGGAGAAACUGAAGGCAAUCUCAGUAGCCAACCAGAUUAGGGACCAAGACCAUAAUGGCAGAGCUAGAGUUGAAAUUGUUGACCAAUACUCCAACGACGUGGAUACCCAGAAAUUCUUCACCGCAUUAGGAUCGGGAACCAAGGACUUGGUGCCAGAAGCUAGCGCUGGUGGAGACGACCAGGCUUUUGAGCGCAAUGAAGAACAAGCAAUCGUACUCUCAGAAGUAUCUGAUUCUACAGGCAAAGUGAAGGUCACUGCUCUCUCCAAGCCAUACAGACAAGAGCAACUGAAACCACAGGAAGCUUACAUUUUGGACACAGUAACUGGAAGCAUCUACGUUUGGACCGGCAGACAAGCUACAGAGAGGGAAAAGACUGAAGCCAUGACAAAAGCCCAGCAGCUGUUGUCUUCGAAGAAUUACGCAUCCUGGGUCAAAGUAGUAAAGAUCCCACAGGGCACAGAGCCAGCGAUCUUCAAACAAUACUUCGCCACCUGGAGAGACCUCGGCAUGUCACACACCAGAAUAGUAUAAUGUACUAAUUAACAAGCGAAAUAAAACAUACCAAAACCAAAACAUAACAAGCUCAGCCUAAUAUUACUAUUGUAGCAUGAGUAUAAUGAGUCUGUGGCUUAAAAAAAAUGUUUUGACACUUAUCCACAGAGGUUAUAAGUUGUAAAUGUAAUACACCGCCAUCUAUUGUAAACAAUUGUAACUAACGUGUAAGUGCUGCCAUCUAGUGAUGAAAAUUAAAAUUAAAAUGUUUGCCACACAAUAUUUUAUGCUGAUUGUAACAGUAAUGAAAGAUGUACAUUUAAAAAAUAUGACUUUAAUAAAAAUAAAUACUCAAUAGAUUACUAUACAAUUAAAUCAAUAUUUACAAAUGAAAA